CCCCAGCACCUCGGCCUCGAGUCCCCAGCCCGCUGCACCUCCGGGCCCCCCCCUUACCCUCUAGAGAAACCAGGAGUUGUCGCAAGGGGGCCUCGGGAAAUUCCCUGGACCCCAGUGCCAGGAGGUGCCCGGUUCGCCCGCUCCCCAUCCACCCCCCCGAGGGCGGUGCCCGGGGGCGCUGCCCCAUGGAGCGGGGAGGCGGGCGCCGUCUGCUGCGGGAGCCGUGACCUGAGUAGGAGCUGUGUGUGUCGCAGCCGCCCCACCCCUGCCGAUCAUGCGCCGGCGACCCUGGCUCGCCAGUCCCACCGGGCUGUGAGCCCCCCACUCCUGGCCUGUCAAGGCCCGCGCGCCAUGGGCAGCGCCCACCCUCACCCCUGGCUGCGGCUCCCACCCCGGCCCCAGCCGCGGCCUGAGCUCUGGGCGCUCCUGUUCUUCCUACUGCUGCUGGCUGCCGCUGUGCCCAGGUCAGCACCCAACGACAUCCUGGGCCUCCGCCUACCCCCAGAGCCUGUGCUCAACGCCAACACAGUGUGCCUGACAUUGCCCGGCCUGAGCCGGCGGCAGAUGGAGGUGUGCGUGCGUCACCCUGACGUGGCCGCCUCUGCUAUCCAGGGCAUCCAGAUCGCCAUCCACGAGUGCCAGCAUCAGUUCCGGGACCAGCGCUGGAACUGUUCCAGCCUGGAGACUCGGAACAAAGUCCCCUACGAGAGUCCUAUCUUCAGUAGAGGUUUUCGAGAGAGUGCUUUCGCCUACGCCAUCGCAGCUGCCGGGGUGGUGCACGCAGUGUCCAACGCAUGCGCCUUGGGUAAACUACAGGCUUGCGGUUGCGACGCCUCCAGGCGUGGGGACGAAGAAGCCUUCCGUCGGAAGCUGCACCGCCUGCAGCUGGACGCGCUGCAGCGCGGUAAGGGCCUGAGCCACGGGGUCCCAGAACACCCUGCUCUGCCCCCUGCCAGCCCAGGCCUGCAGGACUCCUGGGAGUGGGGUGGCUGCAGCCCGGAUGUGGGCUUCGGAGAACGCUUCUCCAAGGACUUUCUGGACUCCCGGGAGCCUCACAGAGACAUUCACGCGCGCAUGAGACUCCACAACAACCGUGUCGGCAGGCAGGCGGUGAUGGAGAACAUGCGGCGCAAGUGCAAGUGCCAUGGCACCUCAGGCAGCUGUCAGCUCAAGACGUGCUGGCAGGUGACGCCCGAGUUUCGGGCCGUGGGGGCGCUGCUGCGCAACCGCUUCCACCGCGCCACGCUCAUCCGGCCGCACAACCGCAACGGGGGCCAGCUGGAGCCGGCCGCGGGGGCACCCUCGCCAGCUCCCGGCACUCCAGGGCUGCGCCGAAGGGCCAGCCACUCCGACCUGGUCUACUUCGAGAAAUCGCCCGACUUCUGUGAGCGCGAGCCUCGCCUGGACUCGGCGGGCACCGUGGGCCGCCUGUGCAACAAGAGCAGCUCGGGCCCGGACGGCUGCGGCAGCAUGUGCUGUGGCCGCGGCCACAACAUCCUGCGCCAGACGCGCAGUGAGCGCUGCCACUGCCGUUUCCACUGGUGCUGCUUCGUGGUCUGCGAAGAAUGCCGAAUCACCGAGUGGGUCAGCGUCUGCAAGUGAGCGGGCCCGGGCUCCUCUG